AUAUGGCUGCCCCCAGGGAAAAGCGAGGGCUGAUAUGAAAGUACUGAUCCUAAAUCCCUCCUCGCAUGGAUCGUAGCGCAGAGUUCAGGAGAUGGAAGGCGCAGUGUUUGAACAAAGCGGAUCUCAGCCGGAAGGGCAGUGUGGACGAGGAUGUGGUUGAGCUUGUGCAACUCCUGAAUGAGCGAGAACAGUUUUUCACUACCAGUUCCUGCGCUGGCCGCAUCGUCCUCCUAGAUGGGGGUAUAAAUGGUUUUGAGGUUCAGAAACAAAACUGUCACUGGCUACUGGUUACACACAGACCUUGUGUAAAAGAUGAUCUGAUUGUGGCUCUGAAUAAAGCCAACGGUGAUGCCGUUUUGAAAUUUGAACCACUUAUUCUUCAUGUGCAGUGUCAACAGCUGCAGGAUGCACAGAUACUGCAUUCAGUGGCAGUAGAAUCUGGUUUCAGGAACUCUGGCAUAACAGUGGGAAAGAGAGGAAAGACUAUGUUGGCUGUCCGGAGCACACAUGGCUUGGAAGUUCCAUUAAGCCAUAUGGGAAAACUGAUGGUGACAGAGGAAUAUAUCGACUUCCUGUUAAAGAUAGCAAAUCAAAAACUGGAGGAAAACAAGAGGAGGAUUGAAAGGUUUUACAACUGCCUACAACAUGCUUUGGAAAGAGAAACUGACUCAUAUCCCAAAGAGAAAAUCAACAAGAAAAGUAACUCAUAUUCUCAUAAGAAAAAAAAAAAACAAGGAAAAGCAAGUGGCAAAUGUACUACUGAAGAAAAUGAUAAAGAACUUGAAAACGAUGAUGAUCUAGGAAUCAGUGUCACUAUCUUCCCUGAAGAUUACUAAGAUUUGAUUCUGAAGUGUCUUGGUAGAAUGAUGAUUCAAAUAAUUACUAUAAAGGUGCUCUGUAUAAGAGUAUUUUAGUUUAUUGAGUGUAUCAUACAUUCAGAAAAGCAAGAUUUAAUUUUUCUCUAUGUUUUAGAGAAAUUCAUUUUAUAAACAUAGAUGGCUGUUUAAAAUAGCUGUAUAUAAUGUUUACUCAUUAAAUACCAUCUUUUAAUCACAUUGGAAUUCAUUACAAAAAUAAAAUUAUGAUUUUUUAAUGCC